GCUAGGUACCAAGUUACGAAGAUAUCACCAAUUCAACGAUCGCUAUACGUGUAACGCAGCUUGAAGAAUCCUUUCAGUGCAAAAUGGUCGGCAACGUCACAUGAGAGGGUGGUGGACUUCGUCGUGAAACUUCGUCAAAUUCCCUCAACGCGCACCCUGUAUCCAAGCGAGGAAUCCAAGGCGGUAAGCCCCUCAGCAAGUGUACCAGCAUCGACUGCUGCGAGAUCUAUUGCGGCACGGGUUGCACAGGUGGCCGAAUCCUAGACCUUAUGAAGACCGAUCAUGGCUGCUCACCACUAUGGCCUCCGAAGCCGCCUGAACACCCAGUCGCCUUCGCAGCGAGCAACACCGACAGGAUCGCCGUUUCUUGCCAAAACGCCAUCAGGACUCAAUCGGAAAGCACGACCAUCGGAUAUUGCGUUGCAGUUGCAACGAGUUAUCGGGACAACCACAACUAGCCCCAAUGGACUCACAUGCUGCCCCUCCACAAACUCCUAUGCCUAUUGCGCCGGUGCCGUCGCUGUCCUGGCUAGACUCGAGUCCGACAAUGCACCAUCGCAUCGAUACUUCAAAGCCCGACCAACUGCACCAUCACUACAUCCCCCCACCUCUCACUACGAAAGUUCGCCCGCAAGUACCCCCUCCAAGAGACGGAUCAGCACAUUCACGCCCCGGAAGGGGCAGGACGAAUACACAAGUGGUUCAUUUGGGCGCGAGUGGCUCGACGAGUCGGGUGGUCAAACUUGGACAGCAAGAGAACGAAUAAAAUCAGCGUCUUGUGUCGCCUUGAGCCAGGAUGGCCGAUGGCUUGCGGUGGGAGAGUCUGGCUACAAUCCACGGGUCCUGCUGUUCUCGACGGCCGAGGAUGUAUCCUGUGAGGUUCCAACCUCCAUCAUCAGCGAUCACACUUACGGCGUACGCUGCAUAGCCUUCAGCUCCGACAUGAAAUUUCUUGCAACUUUGGGCAAUCUCAAUGACGGAUUUCUCUUCGUAUGGUCUUUGAACUCAAAAACAGGACAGUUGACGCUUCAUUCGGCAAACAAAUGUACCACCAAUGUCUGUGACAUGACCUGGCGUGGCAAUGCUCUAAUCACGGUUGGUACAAGGCAUAUCAAGAUUUGGCAAGCGAAAGAAACUGCGAAGGCGUCCUCACCAAGUAAGAAGCCGAGAUUCUUCAGAGCAUCGGAUGCCUACGGUACAAGUCCUGGUCCAGCACCGGGCCCCGCACCUUUACAAGGCCGGAACUGUUUGUUGGGUUCCAUGGUUGACUCGACCUUCACCUGUGUGGCGGCGAUUGACGAUUGUCUGGCCGUCGUAGGCACGGAGACUGGGCAUCUUUGUCUGGUAGACACCUCUCAAACAGUGCUGGAACUGAGGAUCUUGAAGAAGAUUGAUCUCUCAAUAUCCUCAGUUGCAUAUCUAGCGGACUCCAAGCGACUGCUCCUGGGUACAUCACAUGGGCUGCAGUUUGAAGACUUUGACCUAUUACUAAAGUCGGGCGUGGAUUCGCCGAGCAGGAUGUCACGACGCAAACCUCCCCGGCUUUCGUCGAUUCGACGCUCGCUUGGCUUAGUUCACCAGACGGCUAAAAGCGUGACUGCCAUCGGAACCCUCCCCAACCGCAUCAUUACGCUUGACAAUGAUGGGAGUUUGCAAAUCCAGCCUUCCAAGAGCAACGACUCGGACGAGCUGCCGCCCACUUUUGCCGCGCACAACAGUAUAGUCCUGGGAGUGCAGACUCUUCCCGAUUCCGCUGCCCUGGGUGAUUUCUUCACUUGGUCGAAGAAUGGCGAAAUCAAGUUUUGGAGCUCUCAGGGAGCGCUGAUAAAGCAAGAAGCUGUUGACCUUGACGAUGCUAGUACGGAUAUGAAUGACUGCGAGAACGAAUUGACCCGCGCACGAUAUGUGUCAGAGCUCAGUUGCUUUGUCGUGGGAGAUCGAUUUGGACUACUAAAACUGAUUAAGACUCCAGACUGGCAGACUACGCAGACAAUACGGGCACACAGCGCAGAGAUUACGAGCAUCGCAAGCCACGACCCCCAAGCAUUGGUCGUAACAUGCAGCAGGGAUCGCAUGGUGCAGCUAUUUCGAGUUGUGGGAGAUUCUUUUGAACUUCUACAAACUAUGGAUGACCACGUUGGGUCUGUGAACCAAGCCUUGUUUGUGCAAGACGGAGAGAAGCUUCUUUCCUGCUCAGCCGAUCGUUCACUGGUCAUUCGCGAUCGCAUCCAUCGGGACAAGGAUGGACUCCGAACACCUGCGUAUUUGACUACGAAAGUCUUAACGCUCAAGGGUUCGCCGUUGUCUAUGACAAUGUCCACGGAAGCUCUGCUUUUGGUGUCAAGUAUGGACCGCCGCGUUACCCAUGUGGACAUCUCGACUGCCACUCUGACCGAAUCCUUCAAAGUCGGAGACCUGGAAAACGAGGAUACGGUAUCCUUGAAUUCCAUUGUCUGCGCUACAAGUCUAGAAAGCAUGGAUGGCUCACAACGUCUUCUCAUCGGUUACUGCUCGAUGGACAAAUCUAUACGGGUAUAUAACGAGAAGAAUAUGACUUUGUUAGGGAGGGAGUCAGGUCACACGGAGGGAGUAAGUGAUAUUGCUCUACUUGGACAGUCCGGACAGGAUCACAAUGGAUCUCGUCAAUGUACUAUCGUGAGCACCGGACUGGACGGCACAAUAAUGAUUUGGAGAAUUUCGAAGACAACAUCCGCAUCGUUGCAGGACUCUCAAGAACGAAAUCAAGGACUGGGAAUAUUGACGGACGACUCAGAGAGUGAAGUCGCCAUAAAACCGACGCCUGCGUCUUUACCCCCCCUGAGAAAGGUGCUGACGAAGUUGGACGUCGUGGAACUUACGAAGCAAAACGGAGUACCCUCUCCCUCGUCUCCGCGCUCAGUGUCGCCGGUAAGGCUGAAGCGGAAGACAUCGAGACUUGCUCUUGCGACUACAAUGGAGAACGUUGAAGAAAUACCCACGAGAACAGCAGAGGCCGCCUUCCCAGCGAUGUCGCCCAAUCCUGAGCAACGGGAUCCACGCCGGUCCCCGUCACCGCCACUGCCCGCCACGUCUCGACUGAGAAAGCAGCGAUCACAGGUGAGCUUGGGCAAAGAUGUCGACUCCGGGGGUAGGGUGCGAGCUGUAGAGCGCUCGCAAUCGCCACCACCGUCAAUUCCGAAUUCGGUGCCGACCACGCCCAAAAGCCGGCAAAAGCCCAACAACGCCCGACUACGACGACCUCCAUCAGUCCCAGAACUACGAUCACAAUCCUUUGCUCAGAAUCGCCGACAGAGUGUGAAUCAAACAUCUGACUUCGGCAGUAUAGGCAUGGCCACGGAACAAGCUACUCGGAUGUUGAAGACUUAUCGAAAGAAACUGGCCCUCAACAAAGAUACUGUGGACCUCGGUGACUUGGAAGAUGAGGUGACGGCUUUACUGAAGAUUGUUAGGGAGCGGAAGGAAUCAAGACAGCCACCAUUGCCACAGAUGAAGCAACCGCAUUCGUCAGUGGCCUCGGCGCCCGGUAGAAGGGAGCAGGCAAAAGGUGCGACAGAAGGGGACGUGGAGCAAUUGGCGGUUUUGAUGGAACGAGCUAAUAUGGCUGACAUUCCAAUGACGGUAAUGAAGGCGAAAGGACAGGAUAUUGUGGCCUCCGAGGGAUGAACUCUUGAUAUCUUGUGUAUGACUCUGGGUUUCCAGCGUAUUGAGACAGCCCGAAGUUCAGACGGGAUGCAUGACAGCGUUGAUUUUGGGGCGGCCAUCCGAUAGAUGGUAUCACUUCUCUGGAUUCAACGGGGGAAGUUGAAUACGGCUUGCAAGGUCCCGCAAUAUAGCGACUUUCGGAGACGGGCCGAACGGUAUAAGACAUGGUGUCUACAGGGCGGCAAAGGACCGUCCUCGUCCCAGGUUUGGGGGCAAAGAGAGGACAUGUAUAUUGAAUGUAGAUAUAUUUUGUAUAUAAAGGUCUGGUGUGGAGUCUAGAUCGCUUUGAAUCA